UUGAGUAACUUGAACCAAGCUUUAGGAAGGGGAGGAGAAGGACAUAGCAAAAUCCAACCUGGGAAAGAUCUCUGCAGACUACCAUUUAGUAAGUUCCAUUUGUUGGAUUUUAACCAAACCGAUUUUAUAACGUCGUAAUACUGAUUCUACAGCCACCCUAAACCUGCUCUCCAGCAUCCCUGCAACAUUUACGUCGAAUAUGUUUUUGUUUGAACUGAAACCCGAGUGCAUUUGGACCAAUUCCAUCUAGACUGCUGAUCUUCUUUUGAUUGUGUGUUGCUAUUGUGGAAUGCGCCUGCCUUUGCAAUUUACGUGAAAUUUACAAACGCACUGACAUCAUCGCAUUGCAUUGGGAAACGGGGAAAAGGACAGAUUGAUUUUUUUAUUUAUUUGCCUUUACCCAAGAUCAGAUCUAGCGGUCCGAGGGGGCAUUUGUCUUUGUUUUGUAUUUAUUUAUGUAUGUAUUUAUUUUCUGGAGUGAUCUUUAUGUGGAGAAUGUAAUGCGAAAGAAAAACAAAGGAGUGUCAUCAAAGUAGAAACCGUUUGAGUAGCCGGCAUAUUUUUGCGGGGAAAUAAGAUGGCUAAAAACUCAUUGGAUGGAUCUAAGGAAGACUUGAGUAAGGUAGCUGACGUGGAGCUGCUGAAAUGGAGCAAAGACGAUUUGAUCAAAAGACUAAGAAAAGCAGAGAAUGAAAAAAUGAACUUGAUGGUGGAGCAUGGGAACAUGAUGAAAGAUGUGAACAAGAGACUGCAGGUUCACCUUCACGAGAUAAGGGGUCUGAAAGAGAUCAAUCAAAAGCUCCAAGAUGACAACCAUGAAUUUAGGGAGCUUUGCUGCUUCUUGGACGAUGACAGGCAAAAAGGUAAGAAGUUGACCAGGGAAUGGCAGAGGUUUGGCCGGUACACUGCCAGUGUCAUGUGGAAGGAGGUUGGCGGGUACCAACAAAAACUGAAAGAACUGGAAGCCAAACAGCAGACAGUUAUGAGGGAUAACAUGGAGCUGAAAGAGAUUAUCUUGAUGCUGGAUGAAGACAGGAAUGGAGCUGGGUCCAGGAGCUCCAUAGACAGCCAGUCAAGCCUGACCAAUUUGAAUGGGGGCUCCAGCACCCUGAGAGAUGUUGGGGAUGGGAGCAGCACCUCCAGUACUGGGAGUGCUGGGAGCCCCGAUCACCAGCACAAACAUCUUCACCACAAGCCAGGGGAGACUAAGAUUGGAACCAUCAGAAGGUCAAUGGAUGAUCUCGCAGCAUCCCAUCAUCAUAGGAGCAUCCCCAAUGGGCUGAAUGAUCCAUCUUCAAACUACAUUCGGCAAUUGGAGACAAAAGUCAGAAUUCUAGAAGAUGACAACAAGCUUCUAUCACAGCCCCGUAACCGCAAUAGUUUACCAAGAGCACUUGCAAAGCAGAGCAGCUCUGGAGAUUUGAAGACCCUCCGGAAAGGCUUCUCUCUGUACCACUCGGAGAGCCAGUUGACGUCACUGCCACAGUACCAGGAAUCUCUGCAAAGCGGCUCCGUGCGGCUGGCCCCUGGGGAUUCCUCGUCAACUUCAGUGGGGUAUAUUCCUUCAGCCCAAAAACCAGAAGCAGUGGUGCAUGCCAUGAAGGUCCUGGAAGUCCAUGAAAACCUGGACAAGCAAGCACCAGAACACUAUGAAGAGGACCUUAGUGAGAAGGAGAAAGCGAUUGUUCGUGAAAUGUGUAACGUUGUUUGGCGUAAGCUGGGAGAUGCUGCCGGCUCCAAGCCAUCCAUUAAGCAGCACCUCUCUGGAAACCAGUUUAAGGGACCUUUGUAGUUGUUGAAGGCUUCAAAAAAACUGAUGAACGGACCUUUGAACAAUGAGGCUCUUUGCAUGGGACAUUCUGUUAAACCAAAACGCUUUCAUUUGACUGUAUGUACAUAAUAUCUUCUGAUGUUUAUGGACUAAAUUUCAUGGGUUGGCAACAACUUUGGAUACAGCACCAUUUUACCAACCAUGACACUUAGUAUUACCUUUAGACUAAAAACUUGUUUUAAAUUAUUAGCCAAGCAAAUACUAACAGGUAUCUGACUAAGAAGUAUUCAAGACUGGCAGCUAGUUUUAUGUUUUUUCACUCCAGCAUACUGCCUACUAUUGUUAAUUGGUUUCUGGUCUAUGUACUCUAUGUACAAAACAUGUACAUUAAAUAGCUUUUCAAUGUUUUAAUUCAACUUUUCCUAAUACAAGGCUCACUUCUCGUUAAGCUGCAUUUGGUUUGUACAGCAUUUCUGUAUAAAAUAGCCAAUAAGGAGACCCACUUUUAUGAACUGUGUUUGUUAUUACCAGAAAAAAAGUAAUUAACCACUGGCACUUUUAUGGAAGAUAACUGUCCUUUACCCUGUUUUCUUUGAGAGAAUUUAAGAUAAGCUAUUGUAAAAGUAACGUUUACUUAAUUAAACAAUACUUUAAAAAAAAAAAAAAUUUGUGGAUUAAGGAUAGAUUUAAAAUAUAUAUCCUACCAUAGCAAUAGCAUAUUGUCACAGUUUGUAACUGCACCAUGGUCAUGUUUGUGAAUAACACCUACAAUAUCUGUAUUGUUUUUAAAACCGCUAAGGUAGAAUUGGCCAUAUAAAGUUAGAGGCUGGAAAACAUAGAACACUUGCUGCAUUUGUACACCAAGUAUAUAUUUUACAUUUGAUAAUUUAUACAUACAAGUAUAAUCUUCAUAUUGUACAAGUAAUAUAUUGCUAUCAAAAUUAACAGAAAUAUUGAUCUAAAUAAAUAAUAAAAAAAUCUAAAUGCACAAAGUCUGAACUGUACUGUUUUAGUAUUACGUAUAACCUUAACCGAUAAAAGUUCAUUGUCUUCCGUUACUUAAAUAUUUAGUUUCACAUAACAAUGGAAAUGAAUGAUUUCAGCUUAAAAUGUCAAUCUUGUUUGAUAAAGUAUGGAUGCCGCAAGUGAUUUCAUCAAUAGCAGUGUAUGUUUCUUUACAAAUGUUUAGUCACAAAAUAAUGAUGUGUCGACAAAAAAAAAAAAAAACUGCCUAUGGUUUUGCUAUUUGUCCAUUAAGUAAACAAUAUUAACUUAUUUGCUGUAUUUCAGUUUCAGUUCAAAAUACAGUAUUCAACCAUAGAUUAUAUUAGAUACAUGUAGGGUUUCAUUUUAAAAUGAAAAUGCAAUAGCUACUUUUGUCAUACUGAGCUUUUGUAAAUAGAAUCUAAAUUAGUACACAAAUCACACACUAAAUCUAUAACAGGGCCAACUGCAAUUGUACACUCAUUUGGGUCUUAUAAAAAAAAAAAAAGUUUGAUCAUGGAAAGUGACCUUUUAAAAAAAAAAAAAAUGCAUAGAAAGACUGCAUACUACUGACUUUUUAUAUAAACUAAUUUGAAUACAAAGUGAUAUAAAUUUUGAAUAUUUUCAUAAUGUUACAAUUUUUAAACGUGCUGCUUCUUUUGUGGAUGAGAUUUUGAUUUGGAAUCUGAUUUUAUAAAAGUUCUGUUUUAUUUUUCUGUUAAUGUGAUACACUAUACUGGAAAACCUGAAAUCUACAUUAUUAUGUAAAUAUAAAUUCAUGUAGUGUGAAUAGCAGGCAUUUGUAACCUCUAAAGGAACUGUUUUUUUUUUCAUAAAGUGUAUUUAGCAAAAGAUGAACUGAUAUUUUUUAGCAAAUUAAACGUGACCUAAAAUAGACCACUUUCAGCUGAUUUUUGAAAAAAUAAAAAGUACAUUCUUUGCAUUCUUGUGGUUGUGUUUAGUAUAAGAAAACAUUUACAAUAAAAAAGAAUAUGCUGUGGGGUUUUCUUUUCUAAGAAAA